ACAAGGCCAUGUCAGUUAAAUUUGAGAAAUUGCUCGUAUUAGACAACCAAUAAAUCUCCAAUAUGAAAUUUUAUAUUACUGUAGCAUAUGUCAUUAUUGCAUCAACAGCCUUUGCAAAUGCUGAUCUGUUUGCAGACACGCACAAACUCAUUGAUUUAGUUAUUGACGAUGAGGCGACACACAUCGAUUCGACGUGUUUUAAUCAAAUUAAAGACGAACUGAUGAAGGAGUUGGAAAUAGCUUCGGCAAUGUACAUUGAUAGAGUAGAAAAUGGCAUGCCUGUUUUCAAAGAAGGUGUUCACUUGAAUAUGGAGAGCUUCAUUGAAGAUACCCUAUUGCCAAAAGCUCUGGUCACUGCUAGUGAUGACUGUCUACAUAGCGUCAAGGAUGAACUUAAAGCUUUCGCAAAAGCUAGAUUUGGUGCAGCCGUUAAAACAAUUGAUCCGGAUUUUUUGUAAAAUGGUCGAUGUGAUUUCAAAUUCUAUUUAGAUUUUUGAAUAGUACAUAUUAUUACAGAAACUCUAGAGUUAAAAUAAAAACAUUCAUCAAUUGGACGAAAAUUAACUUGUAUGCUUCUUAAAAAUAUAAAUGUUUAUAUUUUAAACGAUCA